AUGGAAUCUUUGAGUACGCAGCUGCGCCGUCCACACACCCUGUCAUUGCCUUCUCACCAGGUCAACGAGACAGUGAUCGCAGAGUCUUCCGAUGUUUACUCCAUUUCAUUGACUGGGCGUCCUAUGCUGGAGGUGCCAUGUUCCCCGUUGCAAGGCAAUACUCCCAUUUCGACAUCCACUGCCAAUCUUGGCACAGCGGCUGCGGAGACAGAUGGUGAUUCCUCACUGGUGCAGCGCAGAACUCGACGUGUUGAUGUUUGGAUGCCACUACACUAUCGACAGCAUGACAAUGUACUCCCACAACCUCCCCCAAGCGUUCCAAGCCAAGUUGCCCCACUACAGGAAUUUAUCCCACCCUCAAAUCCCACUGACGUGCCUACCACGACUUCCAUGUCAUUGAAAUCUACUCCUUUCCGCAUGGCCAGGAAUGUUUUUGGACUCGUACGCCAAUUCUUCUCUUCAGCCCCCCCAUCUCAUGACCCCAAAGAGGCUGCAACACUUCAAGAUAUCAGCUAUAUCCCCACAGUUCCUCUAACAGACCUAGAUGGCCUUGCUGAGCCUCGCAACUCGUUUCAUCCAUACCCUAACCAAUCGUCUUUUAAGCUCGGACAUUGGUACUGGAACGGCAGUGUGCAGAAGUCGCAUCAGAGCUUCAAGGAGUUACUUGAUAUUGUUGGACGUCCAGACUUUGAUCCUGGCGAUGUCCAGCCACAUAUUACAGUGACCUAUCUCCGUAUAAUACGAGGGAACGGACAUGCAUAA